AUUGUAAUCCUUAAACCCAUUUUGUUGCUUCACUCUCAUCAUCUUCUCUGGAAACUGAAAACUAUGGCUUUCUCUUCAUGUCUCAAAUUCUAUCCAUUUUCUAUCUCUCAAGCUGUAACCCUAACUCAUCAUUCCUUCUCUCUCAAUCUAACUCCUCCUUCUUCUACCAUCUCCUUCGCUUCUCCUCACUCAGCAGCUCUCUCCUCUACCGAUGUCAAGCUUCUCGACUCACUCCGUAGCCAGCCUGAUGAUUCCGCCGCACUUCGUCUCUUUAAUCUGGCCUCUAAGAAGCCAAAUUUCUCACCUGAACCUGCUCUAUACGAAGAGAUUCUCCUUCGGCUAGGUCGGUCUGGUUCGUUUGAUGACAUGAAGAAAAUUCUUGAAGACAUGAAGAGUUCCAGAUGCGAAAUGGGUACUUCUACUUUCUUGAUAUUAAUCGAGAGUUAUGCUCAGUUCGAAUUGCAAGAUGAGAUUUUAAGUGUUGUUGAUUGGAUGAUUGACGAAUUCGGGUUAAAACCCGAUACCCAUUUUUAUAACCGGAUGUUGAAUCUUCUCGUUGAUGGGAAUAGUCUGAAACUCGUUGAGAUUUCUCACGCGAAGAUGAGUGUCUGGGGGAUUAAACCAGAUGUAUCUACGUUUAAUGUUUUGAUCAAAGCUUUGUGUAGAGCUCAUCAGCUUAGACCUGCGAUUUUGAUGUUGGAGGAUAUGCCUAGUUACGGUCUUGUUCCUGAUGAGAAGACAUUUACAACGGUUAUGCAAGGCUAUAUUGAAGAAGGGGACUUGGAUGGAGCUUUGAGGAUUAGGGAACAGAUGGUUGAGUUUGGUUGUUCAUGGUCUAAUGUGAGUGUUAAUGUUAUUGUUCAUGGUUUUUGUAAGGAAGGGAGAGUCGAAGACGCUCUCAAUUUCAUUCAGGAGAUGUCUAAUCAAGACGGGUUUUUUCCGGAUCAGUACACGUUUAAUACGUUAGUUAAUGGUUUGUGUAAAGCAGGGCAUGUGAAGCAUGCUAUUGAGAUUAUGGAUGUGAUGCUUCAAGAAGGGUAUGAUCCAGAUGUGUAUACUUAUAACUCGGUGAUUUCGGGUUUGUGUAAGCUUGGAGAGGUGAAAGAAGCAGUGGAGGUUCUUGAUCAGAUGAUUACUAGAGAUUGUUCUCCGAACACGGUUACUUACAACACUUUGAUCAGCACGUUAUGUAAAGAGAAUCAGGUCGAGGAAGCUACGGAGCUUGCCCGUGUUCUCACCAGCAAAGGGAUCCUUCCUGACGUUUGUACAUUUAACUCUUUGAUCCAAGGUUUGUGUUUGACUAGGAAUCACCGGGUUGCGAUGGAGUUGUUUGAAGAGAUGAGGAGCAAAGGAUGUGAGCCUGACGAGUUCACUUACAAUAUGCUGAUUGAUAGCUUAUGCUCCAAAGGGAAGCUAGAUGAAGCUCUGAACAUGCUUAAACAAAUGGAAUUGAGUGGUUGUGCACGGAGUGUGAUAACUUACAACACUUUGAUUGAUGGGUUUUGCAAAGCCAACAAGACUAGAGAAGCCGAGGAGAUAUUUGAUGAGAUGGAAGUACAUGGAGUUUCAAGAAACUCUGUUACAUACAACACACUCAUCGAUGGGCUUUGUAAAAGCAGGCGAGUAGAGGACGCGGCUCAGCUCAUGGAUCAAAUGAUUAUGGAAGGACAGAAACCUGACAAGUACACAUACAACUCGCUUUUAACACAUUUCUGCAGAGGAGGUGACAUAAAGAAAGCUGCGGAUAUCGUGCAAGCCAUGACCUCAAAUGGGUGUGAACCAGACAUUGUGACCUAUGGAACCUUGAUAAGCGGUUUGUGUAAAGCUGGUAGAGUUGAAGUUGCAAGUAAGCUUUUGAGGUCAAUUCAGAUGAAAGGGAUUAAUUUGACACCGCAUGCUUAUAAUCCGGUGAUUCAAGGGUUGUUUAGAAAGAGGAAAACAACAGAAGCUAUAAAUUUGUUUAGAGAAAUGCUUGAACAGAAUGAAGCUCCACCAGAUGCAGUAUCCUACAGAAUCGUUUUCCGUGGGCUAUGUAAUGGAGGUGGACCAAUCCGUGAAGCAGUGGACUUUCUUGUUGAGCUGUUAGAGAAAGGAUUUGUACCUGAGUUUUCUUCUUUGUACAUGUUGGCUGAAGGUCUUCUCACUUUGUCAAUGGAAGAAACACUAGUCAAGUUAGUGAACAUGGUGAUGCAGAAAGCUAGAUUCUCGGAGGAAGAGGUUUCAAUGGUGAAAGGUUUGCUUAAAAUCAGGAAAUUUCAGGACGCUUUGGCCACUCUUGGCGGCGUCUUGGACAGUCGCCAGCCGAGGAGAACCUACCGGUCAAGAUGAUAGAUACCUUUAGAAAAAGUAUCGUUCCCAAUUUCGUAGAAGAUAUGUAUGAUGUUAUGAAUAUGAUUUCCUAUAAAGUUUUGGGGUAAUUCAUCCAUUUAAUACUAUGUUCGAAGACCAACAUGCAGAAACAAAACGACAAUGGAGUGUGCGGUGUUAGGUGUUCCUCAUUCGUUGGGUCAUCCUCUCUCGUCCACUUCUAGUCUCUAUGGUCUCUCGUCCUUACUGUUUGUAUAUGUAUUAUGUAGGCUCCGAUUGUUUUUGGCAUUGAUGCUAGCGUUUUCAGAUUAUUGACUAUAAGAGAAAAACCUAGACAUGAUCUCUUUUAUUCUCCGGUUAACUUGGCAGAUUUCAGACCAACCCGGUCAAAUCCUGUGGUCCUAUGGUCAGUCCACUAUGCUUCAAUAACUAUCCUCGGUCGUAAUUUCAACCACAACCACAAGCGUCGUGUCCUCAACAAUAUACUGUAUAUGCUAUAGUCAUUAUUGUUGGGGUCAGUGGGGUUCCGAUUCUCCACUAAAACUUUUCUGGUAUAAGUGUAUGUUUGUUCAAUCAAGCAGAUCAGUCCACAUAUGUAUCAGUAGAUGACGGUUUCGUCACUCGUAG